AUGCCAAUAGAUGAUGUAAAGGGCUCUGGGGGUCCAAAUGAACCUAGGGGAGACGAACACAGAGAUGACGACAAUAAUGAGCAGACCUUCACAGAGACAUUUCUCGAAAGUAUAACGGCUUUUGGAAAUGCUGUAAGGGGAUUAUGUGUUGAAACAGGUAAAUCGCUAAGGGGUUGCGCAUACCCUGUUAAGGAGCGCUUUUUUAAAGCGUACGAUACAGUUACAAAUAAUUUCGACAGCAAAGGGACGAGGAAUAUGCAAAGUGUUAGUCAUAUUACGAGAUUUGGCAAUAAAUCGCCAGUCAGCUCGGAAGCUUCGUAA